AUGAUGCAAAUUGUGUCACAUAUUCUAGCUGCUGAUCCAGACAAAACUGAAAUAAAUGCUGAAAAUUGGUAUGAAACAGAGAUGUUCAAUAUAAAACCAGAUAUAAUGACAAUGAUAAGAAAUCCUCAACAUCCAAUAUUUUGUUAUAAAUGGAAUGCACAAAUUUGGAUUGAACAGAUGAAAAAAUUCGUUGUGAAAGAUAGACAAUCAAAAAAAUAUGAUCUUAAUCGACAUUUAUUACGAGUAACAGUUAUGUUAAAUACAAUAGGUGUUGUUCGAAAGAAAAAAUAUGUAGUUGAUGAUGAAGAAAUAAUUUUAAAAUCUGAACCUAUGAAAACAAUUGGAUACAAUCAUCAAUCAAAAUUAUUAUACGAAAAAACAAUUGCGCAAACAGAUAUGAAGACACCCUAUCCAUCAAUAAAUGUUAUUGUAAUUAAUGAAGAUUGUCUUGUUCUUUAUGAAAAAUUAGUCUCCGAAGGAUAUCGACCAUUAUUAUUAAAUAUGGCAAAUGCAACUAAUCCUGGCGGUGGAUAUCGUAAAGAUGAUGGAGCACAAUAA